AUGGAUGCUCGCCAAAAGAUGAUAUACCUCCCAGACAUUAUGAUUAACUGGCCCUGGCCUCGUACCAUCAAUCCUCAUUACGAGGAUGUGAAGGCUGAAGUCGAUGCUUCAUUCCGUGACUUCAAGGCCCUGAGUCAUGAGUCGCAAGAAGCAUUCGACAAAUGUGAUUUUGAACAUCUUCGAAUCGGUUGUGAUUUGAUGAAUCUUUUCUUCCUUGUGGAGGAGUGCACCGAUUCUGAAGAUGAGGCCGUCACGAAGAAAAUGGCGGACAUCGUGUUUGAUGCCCUACACAAUCCUCAUAAGAUACGACCAGAAGGCGAAUACGUCCUCGGCGAAGUCACGCGACUGUUUUGGGCCCGUGCAAUCAAAUUCGCAAGCCUGCCUUCUCAACGUCACUUCCUUGAAACCUUCGGUGCAUACCUUCAUGCAGUGGUUGCCGAGGCUCUCGACCGCGAACAAUGCCGUAUGCGCAGUAUCGAUGACUACCUGAAGCUCCGGAGGAAAACAAUUGGUGCAGAACCUUCUUUCUCGAUAUUGGAGAUGGGGAUGGACCUUCCUGAUGAAGUGUUCCGCCACCCCGUCAUCGUGGAUCUUGUUGAAUGCAUCACAGAGUUGAUAAUUAUUGACAAUGACAUGGUGUCGUACAACAAGGAGCAAGCAACUGGGAACGAAUUCCACAAUUUGAUCAGUAUUGUCAUAUCAGAACUGGGCCUCGACAGAGGCGGCGCAAUGGCUUGGGUAGCACAUUAUCACGCUGAAGUUCAGAAACGAUUUAUCGACGGUCUUGCGAAGGUUCCUUCAUGGGGGCCUUCCGUCGACGCCCUAGUCAAGGAGUACCUUGACGGAAUAGCAAACUGGGCUCGAGCAAGCCAUUCUUGGGGCUACGAGUCUCAAAGGUACUUUGCCACCAAGGGUCUGGAAAUACAACAAACCAGGCUUAUUCCAUUGUUGCCAAAGGUCAAACAUAUGGUCGCGUGAACACAUGUACGGCUCCUUCCACACAAUCUGAUACUAACUUUUCUUGAACCUCUCGCGUUUCGUUGUGUUAUGUGCUACAGUAUAUAUAUGCUCUCACGCUGCUGCUCGCAGGUGUUACUCGUCCUCUGAUUUCUCUACCUUUUAGUCGGCUAGAAAGUUGAAGUCACAAUUAUGCUGUUCCCGUUUGUAUAAUAGGUACAAAUCUAGUACCAGUAGAUGAGUUCUC